UAUAAUAACAGAACUUAUUCUCAAAAAAAAAAAAAACUAGUGCAAUCUAAAUUUCAACCCAAAUUUUUUUUUUUAUAUAGAACUAAGGCCACAAAAACUUUAGAAACUCAAAGAAAAAAAAGUUAUAUGAAAUUGUUUUUUCCUUUUUUUUUUCUGACUCAGAUUGUGUUGAUUGAAGUUCUGGUUCCUCAUCGGGAAAAUUACUACUCCCACCGGCCGGAGCUGGAGCUGGAGCUGGCCGAUUCCCCAGCUCACACCGUUUCAUAGCUAAACCACCACCGCCAUAAUACGACUCCUAAAAUUUUGUGCUCGUUUCCAACUCUACAAACAACCCCUUACACUCGUCUCCAUUCCAGGCCUCGUUUUGUUUUUCUCUUCUUUGGUUUGUUGAAAAGAAAAGCCACUUGAUCAUGUCUUCUUCGACUUCAAAGAAUUUGAAGCGCCCCAAACCCAAAGCCAACUUCCAUUCCAAUGCUUUCGAUUCGUCUUCUCCUUCCUCAAACUCAAAGCUCAACUCAUUUCUCUGGGAACCGCCUGAUCAUAUCUUUCCCUCCAAGAACGAUUUUUUCAGCCUUAUUGCUGGUCUCACAAUUGCAGCUUCGGUCGCCCUGGUCUGCCAUUUCUUCGCCAAUUCUUUCAUGAAUACUCACCCUAAACCUUUCUGCGAUACCAAUGUGGAUUACUCAGAUUUUCUCUCUGAGCAUUGUGAACCUUGUCCAAGUAAUGGACAAUGUUAUCAAGGCAAGUUGAAGUGUGAUAAUGGCUAUAGAAAGCAUGGAAACCUAUGUAUUGAAGAUGGGGACAUUAAUCAAACAGCUAAGAAACUUUCGGAUUGGGUACAAUUUCAUCUGUGUGAAUCUUAUGCUCAAUACUUGUGUGGUGGACCGGAGAUAAUUUGGGUUCAGGAGGGUGAUGUAUGGAAUGAGUUAGAUGGGCACAAGCUGAUUGAACAUAUUGGUUCUGACAAUACCAUUAAUAACAUCACAAAGCAUAAAGCCACUGGGAUCAUUGAAAAAGUAUUAGAGACUAGGAUAAAUGUUCAGGGGGUCAAAGAAUGGAAAUGUCCGGAUGCUCUAGCUGAAAAUUACAAAGGUUUUUCUUGUCGUGUACAUCAAUGGAUCUCCAACAACGUGCAAGUGAUUUUGCCAGUUUGUGUGCUGGUUGUGGGAUUCAUUUUGCUGAUCUGGAAAGUCCGUCAGAAGCUAUAUUUGUCGAAAAGAGUUGAAGAGCUUUAUCAGCAGGUUUGUGAUAUACUUGAAGAGAAUGCCUUGAUGUCAAAUAGAGCAAAUGGAGAAAGUGAAUCAUGGGUUGUUGCAUCUAGGUUGCGGGAUCAUCUUCUAUCUCCAAAAGAGAGGAAGAACCCUGUUUUGUGGAGAAAGGUAGAGGAGUUAAUUCAGGAAGAUUCUCGCUUAGAUCGCUAUCCAAAGCUGGUGAAAGGUGAAUCAAAAGUGGUGUGGGAGUGGCAAGUUGAAGGCUCUUUGAGCUCAAAGAAUAUUAGAAAAAAGAGCGAGACGAGCAAGUUGAAGUACACCGAGAACAUGAACAUGUAUUCUGAUCAGCCCCGCCACAGAUCAAAGACCGAGGCACAUUUCUCUUGACUUGGAGACAUUUGCAAUUUGUAAAAAUCAUCAGUAUCUUCUCAAAAUCCAAGGGACAAAGUAAGUAGAAAGGAAGAAAAAGAAAGAACUUAUAUCAUCAACAUUGGCUUUCUAUACACAUGUAUGUUCACGGAUCAUUCUAAUGUAUUUUAACAUAAUCUAUGAUAUCGUUUUGAAAUAUAAGGUUUUGAGCUUAGAGAUUGUUUAGUGCUAGUAUUAGAAUUUGUUAAUCUGAAAUAGAUGAAGUUGUUCAUUGUAGUUACUUAAGAUUCUCUUCUUUCAUUAUCCUUCUUAGUUUUCUCUUUUAUUUCAGUGAAUUCUUAUCAAUAGCCAUUUGGGUUUUUUUGGAUUAGCCAACUAGUAGAAAGAACAAUUAUGUCCAAACUUGACUACCUUCACUACUCAUUUUCUGUCAAUAAAGAACAAUUAUGAUUAUUGGUUAAA